CCGGGGAAGAGGGGACUCCGUCACACUGAGAACGAAUCCACUGUUUGCGUAUACACUCCGCCUGCGGCAGCAAGGGAAGUGCUUGCCCGGACAUGGAGGAAGAAGCAAUCCUAAGCCACCUUCAGGACCACGAGGAGAUCGCCGACUCCGGCCAGUUCGCGGCGGAGAAGGGGCUCGAUCACGACAAGGUCGUCAAUGUCAUUAAGAGCCUCCACGGUUACGGAUACAUCGUUGCUCAGGACAUUAAGAGGGAAACGUUGGUGCUCACUGAGGAAGGUGAGACAUAUGCUGCGGUUGGAUCGCCUGAGAUACACCUUUUCAUGGCUAUACCACCAGAGGGUAUAUCACGUGAAGCAUUGGAGCAAAGGCUUGACACAUCAGUUUUCAAGAUAGGGUGUGCACAGGCUUCAAAGCUUAAGUGGGUGGAAUAUGACAAAAAGAAAAAAAUCUUCUCCAGACAGGUUCAACAUGUGGAGGAUCGAGUCAAAGAUGUGCUCAUACAGAUCAAAGAUGGACAGGCCCCUGGACCAGAAGAUGUGAGAGCUCUGAAGACAAGGAAGCUGAUUGCUCCUCAGAUUUGGAAGGGUUACUCAGUGAAGAAAGGUCCUAAUUAUGCUCCCAAGAGAAAGACUUUUGCAACUGAUUUUACUCGGGAAAAUAUGCAGAGAGGUGACUGGAAGGACUUAGAAUUUAAAGGGUACAACUUCAGUGCAAAGGGUCAGCCUCUAGAAGGUGGCCAUCUUCAUCCACUCCUCAAGGUGCGGCAGCAGUUCAAAAUGAUCUUUCAGCAAAUGGGCUUUGAGGAGAUGCCCACGAACAAUUUUGUUGAAAGCAGCUUUUGGAAUUUCGAUGCAUUGUUCCAACCACAACAACAUCCUGCUCGUGAUUCCCAUGAUACGUUCUUUUUACGAGUUCCUGCCACUACAAAGGAAUUGCCUGAAGAUUAUGUUGAACGGGUCAAGAAAGUCCAUGAACUUGGUGGUUAUGGAUCAAGAGGGUAUGCAUAUGAUUGGAAAAGAGAGGAAGCAAACAAGAAUCUUCUACGAACUCAUACAACUGCUGUCUCUUCCCGGAUGCUAUAUUUGCUAGCACAGAAACCUUUCCAACCUAAAAAGUACUUUUCGAUUGACCGCGUCUUUAGGAAUGAAGCUGUUGAUAAAACACAUCUAGCGGAGUUCCAUCAAAUAGAAGGCCUGGUCUGUGAUCGUGGUCUCACUCUUGGAGAUUUAAUUGGAGUGCUUCAUGACUUUUUCUCCCGGCUUGGCAUGUCAAAUCUACGUUUCAAGCCUGCUUACAAUCCAUAUACUGAACCCAGCAUGGAGAUUUUCAGUUACCAUGAAGGCUUUAAGAAAUGGGUGGAGAUUGGAAACUCGGGCAUAUUCAGACCAGAAAUGUUGCUCCCGAUGGGACUCCCAGAGGAUGUUAGUGUCAUUGCCUGGGGGCUCUCCCUUGAAAGACCAACUAUGAUACUCUAUGGGGUUGAUAACAUCCGGGAUCUCUUCGGCCACAAGGUUGAUCUUGGUCUCAUCAAGAGAAACCCAAUAUGUCGGCUCGGGAUUUACUAGGUGUAGGGAUUUUUUGGCAUAAUGGUCUCAGUCUCUUUUUAGCCCAUUUGUUUCUACCGAAAACAAAGGCCGGGCAAUCAUUUUGAGAUGAAAUUCUGAAAAAGAAUGUCCCAUAGCAAACUCAUUUAGGACGCAACCUACUUGGUUAUACAGUUCAAUUCAAUCAGAAUUAUCAGUACACCGCUAUUUUUCUGUUCAGACAUCGACUCAACCAGUGUGCAGCUCUCGUUAUUGUCGGUAUCUUCUUCAUUCAACUACUGAGUAAAGCUUUCCCUGUUUGUUCA